CAGAAUGAGUCGCGAAUGUUGGCUGAGUGGGGGCUGAAUAGGAUAAAAGUCCGAUGGAUUAUAAAAAGGAAAGCAGCUUGUGUUGUUCUCGUAUUGCAAUUUAGCUCACGAUCACGUGCGUGUCUUCAGCUCUUUCUCGAGUUAAUUUUAUUUAUUAUCACAUUUAAAAUAAUUAUUAAAAAAAUGAACAAAUACUGUUUAGUAUUAGCAGUGUCUAUUGUAGUCGUACAAUCCCAAAGACCACCAUAUGCUGGUACGGGUGAUCGUCUGCCAGCUGUGCUGCCUCAAUAUCAGACAUCAAACCAGAUUCAAGAUCUGAGCGAAGGACAAAAUGUCACGGCGACAGAUAAUAGAAUAAACAUCCAGCCAAACUCGCCGCAAAUAUUAAAUCUUCCUGUUGACGCUCAUGGGGACGUUGAUCUGAUCAACAGGAUCCAAUCCUGGCCCAAAGAGUCUCAGCCCUUUUGGUACCUCAACUGGAAGCAAAUCGAAGAACAUCGCGGUGGACCUAGCUCCGUUUCUUCUACCAGAAGAUCCAAUUAAUUUUUAUAAAUAAUUAUUAUUAUCAUAAUUAAAGUACUUAAUUUUAAAGAUACGUUUUUUUGUAAUUAAAAUAAAAAAUUAAACAUACCCAUGGGAUGGAACCGGUUUAUUAUGCCCUUACGCAUACGAUUAUUUAAAUUACCCAAACCGUCUGGUCAUAAAUCAAUGCGCUGUAGUAAUAAUAACAAUAAAACUUUAAUUAAACUCUAGAUGUCUUAAAUAAA